CCACGAGGGCGGCAGGGUGAAGAGCUCCGCGCGCUCGGCCGGGCGGUGAGGCUACUGCAGCGCCUGGAGGAGCAAUGCGGAGACCCUCGGCUUACCUCUAGUCCCCCUUCGCUGCGAGACCUGCUGCCCCGCACCGCGCAGCUGCUGCGAAAGGUGGCCCACGCCCGGCGGGCGGCCAGCGGAGGCGUUCCCGAGGCUUCCGGGGGUGCCAGGGACUUUCUUGUCGUCUAUCUCACCAACCUGGAGGCCAAGAGCAAGCAGGUGGCAGCAAUGCUGCCACCGCCGGGCCUAAGGAGUGCCAACGACGAGCUCUUCCGGGAGGGCUCCUUACUCAGGAGACAGCUGGCCAAGCUGGCCCUUAUCUUCAGCCACAUGUAUGCGGAGCUCAAUGCACUUUUUCCCGAGGGGAAGUACUGUGGACACACGUACCAACUCACCAAGGCUCCAGCCCAUACCUUCUGGAGGGAACACUGUGGAGCCCGGUGUGUGCUGAGCUGGCCUGAGUUUGAGUCUGUCUUGUGCACCUGCCACCCCGUGGAGUCAGGCCCCACAGCCCAAGCCUUGCGCUCCACCAUCGACCUCACCUGCAGUGGCCAUGUGUCCAUCUUUGAGUUUGACAUCUUCACCAGGCUCUUCCAGCCAUGGCCAACACUCCUCAAGAACUGGCAGCUCCUGGCAGUCAACCACCCAGGGUACAUGGCCUUCCUCACGUAUGAUGAGGUCCGAGCACGUCUGCAGGCCUGCAGGGACAAGCCAGGCAGCUACAUCUUCCGGCCCAGUUGCACUCGCCUGGGGCAGUGGGCCAUCGGCUACGUGAGCUCAGAUGGCAGCAUCCUUCAGACCAUCCCUCUCAACAAACCCCUGUUGAAGGCGCUCCUGGAAGGAGAAAAGGAAGGCUUCUACCUCUAUCCAGAUGGAAAGAACCACAACCCAGACCUGACGGAACUCUGCCGUACGGAACCUCAUCAGCGCAUCCACGUGUCAGAGGAGCAGCUGCAGCUGUACUGGGCCAUGGACUCUACGUUCGAACUCUGUAAGAUCUGUGCUGAGAGCAACAAGGACGUGAAGAUCGAGCCGUGUGGGCACCUGCUCUGUAGCCGCUGCCUGGCUACCUGGCAGGUGGGUCUGACCCUUCUCCGCCUUCCCAUCCAGUGUCCCCCUCCCUAUGGGAAAAUCCCCUAAAGGUGCUCGUAUAUGCCUCAAUCAGAUGGGGAAACUGAGGCCCAGGGAGAUCAAGGACUUGCUGAGGUUCACUCAGGAGUGAGGACCAGGAGCCUGCCUGUCUGUGUCUGUGUCUGUCCCCAUCUCGCUCUGUGCCCUGUCACCUCCGCUUCUCCUUGUCCAGCUACAUUAUUCAUGGAACAGGCUCCUUCUUUCCCUCACUGGGAGAUCUGGAGCUAGUGGCUUCGCCCCUCUAAGCCUUAGCCUCUGUCUUUGGAAAAUGGAGCUGGUGGUAAUAACCUCCCAGGGCCUCCGUGAGGCUCCAAACCCUGAAGGCCUCAAGGCCUCGGGAAUGGUCCCUGGGGAAAAAGAGCUGUUGCUCCUGUGAAGAGCAAGUGCCUCACAUUAAGCUUCUUGGUUGUAAUGUAAAUGCCUGACAGUAAGCUUUUGUUGCUGAGUCAUCUGUUUCAAAGACAUCCAUCUCGAAUACACAAAUUGGCAGCUGUGUGACACAGCUACUAGCAAAAACAACUGGAUAAGGAGCCAGGAUGCCCCCAACGGUAAAGUUCCUCUUUAGAAAGCCCUGGAUAACCAAGAUAACUGACAGCUUGAGUGACCCCACCCCCCACCCCCGCUUCUUCCUUCCUGUGUCCUAGUUCCCACUCCUGUGCUUUAAAUUCACUAAUAAGGAGUGAACUCACAAAACCCUAAGCAUCCCACUUGGCCCCUAAUAAAGGCAGAGCCCCAGGUCCAUGCAUCCUCCCUCUCUCCCUACCUGCAACCUCACUGUGUGGCUCUUGGGCAUGCUGUGUACCCUCCAGGACCUGUGAGUGAUACAUCUUGUUCUUU